AUGGCUUCUGUUUCCAAUUUGCAAAGAACAAUUUCUGAUCGAGUGGUGAUUAAAAAUGGAUUGAGUUUGGUUUUGUUUCAAAAGAGUCUGGAGUCUGCUGUGGUACUGCUCGAGUACACUUUUCCUGAACUCUACAGAAUGAGGUCGAAUAGGGAGCGGUAUAAGUUGGCUAGGAAGGAGGCGAGGUUAGCGGUUACGGUGGCUAAAACUACAGCAUUUGGUCAUUUUUAUGAAGAACUUGAGGGUAAAGGCGGGGAUAAGAGACUGUUUAGGCUAGCCAAGGUGAUAGAGAGAAAGGCCCGUGACUUGGACCAAGUGAAAUGCAUCAAGGACGAAGAAGGUAGAGUUUUGUUGGAUGAGGCGCAUAUCCAUCAGAGAUGGCAGACUUACUUCCAUAGUCUCUUGAACGAGGAUGGAAACAGAGACAUUGUUCUAGGUGAUUUGGGAUCCUCCGAGAGUCGUUGCAACAUUGGGUAUAGCAGGCGGAUUAGAGUUGAGGAGGUUGUGGGGGAUAUGCGUAAGAUGAGCAGGGGCAGACCGACCGGGCCAGAUGAAAUCCCGGUGGAGUUUUGGAAGAGUGUGGGCAGGGCGGACUUGGAGUGGCUUACUAGGUUAUUUAAUGUCAUUUUUAGGACGAAAAAGAUUCCCGAAGAGUGGAGAUGCAGUACGAUGGUUCCUGUGUACAAGAAUAAGGGUGAUGUCAAAAAUUGCAACAACUAUCGGGGUAUUAAGCUGCUUAGUCAUACUAUGAAGGUGUGGGAGAGGGUGGUGGAGCUAAGGAAGAUGGAGGUAGCAGAGAUGAGGGUGUUGAGAUGGAUGUGCGGGCACACCAGAUUAGAUAGGAUUCAGAAUGAAGUUAUUUGGGACAAGGUGGGUGUGGCCCCUAUUGAGGACAAGACACGGGAAGUACGACUUAGAUGGUUUGGACAUGUGAGGAAGAGAAGCACAGACGCUCCGGUAAGAAGGUGUGAGAGGUUGACAUUUGAGGGCCUUAGGAGAGGUAGAGGUAGGCCGAAGAAGAGUUGGGGUGAGGUGAUUAGGCAUGACAUGGCACAACUACAGCUGACCGAGGACAUGACCCGUGAUAGGAGUGUGGAGGUCUAA